AUGAUUGGUGAUUACUACAUCACGGUCCGCCCAUGGCGGCGCAACUUUAAUCCACAAUGGGCUGAAGUAGCGACGACAAUGGUCUGGGGGCGCUUGCCGGGGCUCCCGAGGGAAUUCAUAAACAAGGAGGCAGUCGAGCGUAUUGCUGGGAAGAUAGGUCGUCCAGUUCGGGUCGACAAUGCAACAGAAACUGGAGAUAGGGGAAAAUUUGCGAGGGUUAGUGUUGAGGUUGAUCUCACAAAACCGUUGUUAUCGCAAUACAAGAUCGAGGGUAUUACAUACUACAUUGAAUACGAAGGGCUGUUCCGCAUCUGUACCGAAUGCGGGAAGUAUGGUCAUGUGAAAGCAACGUGCCCAACACUGGCCAAAAAUCCUGCCUCGCCUCAGCCUGAAUCGCACAGCCCAAAGGAUGAUAGCAACGCACAAAACCUCUACGGGGAGUGGAUGACGGUUCAGCCUCGAGGCAGGAAUGGGAAGAGAGGAAGAGGAGCUUUGGCGGGUUCGAUAGAUGAUGGGGGCCAUGGUAACAUAUUGGGACAAAAAGAGAACCUGGCGACAGGAUCCCGCUUUGCGGUAUUGGAGGAAAAUCCCAUGCAGGGCGUGAUCAGUACCCAUGCAAACCCUUCCAAUAUUGAGCCAAACGUUGACAAGGAUGGUGAAAUGAGUACAGAUCAGAUGGUCACAGAGAAGCCUAAUGAAGAGUCCAUUGUGAUGGCCCCUUCCAAGAACUCGGGAGACUUGGGGGAAGAGCAACCCUCAGCGACCGUGGGAAACCAUAGCAAGGCAGUUGAGAAAACAGUAGGGCCGCCGGAAAAAGCUGGAAAGGAACGAAGAGAAGCCUCAGUUGGGGCGCACAAACCUCCAAAGGGAAGCUCUGACCCGGCUGAGGCCAUAGCCAAACUGUAUAACGGCAAAGAGGCUACGAAGCAGCUGGGAGCAAUAAAUGGGAGCAAUGGGACCUCGCGAAAACAGGAGCAAGCCUUGGCCUAA